AAAGGCGUGCCAGACCCCAGGAUGCAUCAUGGUUUCAGGUGUCAGUUCACCUGAAGGCUGUCAGAAAAGACUUUUAGUGACGCUGUCGAGGACCGAGUGGCUGCUGAGAGGACAGACCAGUGCAUGAGGAGCGUUUCUCUGCUGCACACCGACGAAGCCUGAAGCCAUCCUGCCAAAUCCCGGGACCAUGUCUGGAGCUUACGACGAGUCCGCCAGCCAGGAGGAGACCACAGACAGCUUCUGGGAGGUUGGGAACUACAAACGUUCAGUGAAGCGGAUUGAUGAUGGUCACCGGCUCUGCAAUGACCUGAUGAACUGCAUCCAGGAGCGUGCCAAAAUCGAGAAAGCCUAUGCACAACAGCUGACCGAGUGGUCCAAGAGAUGGAGGCAGCUGGUAGACAAAGGGCCUCAGUACGGCACCGUGGAGCGAGCAUGGGUGGCAGUGAUGACAGAGGCGGAGAAGGUGAGUGAUCUUCACCAGGACGUGAAAAACCACCUGAUCAAUGAGGACUUUGAGAAGGUGAAGAACUGGCAAAAAGACUCCUACCACAAACAAAUGAUGGGAGGAUUCAAGGAAACCAAAGAAGCGGAGGAGGGCUUCAAAAAGGCUCAGAAGCCCUGGGCCAAAAAGCUGAAAGAGCUUGAGGCUGCCAAGAAAUCCUUCCACAUGGCCUGUAAAGAGGAGAAGCUGGCGUCCACCAGGGAGGCCAACAGUAAGGGAGAGGCCUCUUUGACGGCCGACCAGCAGAAGAAACUCCAUGAGAAGGUGGACAAGUGCAAACAGGACUCACAGAAGGCUAAGGAGAAGUAUGAGAAGGCUCUGGACGAGCUGAGUAAGUGCACACCUCAGUACAUGGAAAGCAUGGAGCAGGUGUUCGAUCAGUGCCAGGAUUUUGAAGAGAAGAGGCUGAGCUUCCUCAGGGAGGUGCUGCUGGAUGUCAAACGCCACCUCAACCUCACUGAAGACCAAAGUUAUGCUACAGUGUACAUAGAUCUUGAACGCACUAUCACGACAGCCAGCGCACAGGAAGAUCUGAAGUGGUUCAGCAACACUCACGGCCCUGGCAUGCAUAUGAGCUGGCCACAGUUUGAGGAAUACAACCCAGACCUCACCCACAAGAUCUCAAGCAGAGAAAAGACAAAGAAAAACAGUGAUGGAGUCAUGCUGACUAACGUAACAACAGCAGUCGAUCACGCUCAGGCUGUGGACAGAGGAAGCGUGAGCAGCUACGAGAAGAACCAGGCAUACACAGGCUCCACAGAGUGGUCAGAUGAGGACCAGACGGCCCCGAACUCAGCAGGGGACACCAACGGAGGGGCGAACCCCUUCGACGAUGACGAGGGCAAAGGUGUUAGAGUGAAAGCUCUGUACGACUAUGAUGGUCAGGAGCAGGACGAGCUCAGCUUCAAAGCCGGGGAUGAACUGACAAAGCUGGAGGACGAGGAUGAACAGGGCUGGUGUAAAGGUCGCCUAGACAACGGUAAGCUGGGUCUUUACCCGGCCAAUUACGUGGAGCAGAUUUAACUGAACCAGAUGAGUUCGCUUUUCUCAUGAGAGGGAAAACCCAGACUGAACCGUCCAGUCACAUUACUGCACAUUGCCAGAGACUUGAAAGCAAAGCUCCCUCUUGUCAGGCACAGUGAGCGCUUUUCAUAUCAGCACUCAUCACAGAGACACCAGACUUUACAGAAACAAGAUCUGUUCAGGACCACAUCAUCUACAAACACUGAAACUGAAGCUAAAUAUUUAAGUCUGUUAGUGUGUAGCUGUGUUUGGUUUCAGAUAUGUGACGCUAACAUGCCAUUCAGUAUGUUCUCUCACUACAUUAUUGGCAUGGUAUCAUCAGUUGUGCCUGGAUAGCCGGACUGAGCUAUGCAUUGUGCAUUUCAUGUAUAUAUUUUAUCUUCUUAAUUUUUUUUUUUACAGUCUGGAUACUUGUACAGUUUUUUUCCUCAAGUACAGUGUUGUCUUUUCUUUGUGAAAUAUUUACAUGUUUAGCAUCACAGGAUCGGUCUGACAUUUUGGGUUAAUGUGCUUAUUCACUUUUGAUAUGAAGGCAAAAGAGUUUUAUUUUAGAGUUAGGGGACUGAUUUGAACAUCUGUCAUAUGAACAGUUAAUAUGAAGCUACAGCUAGGACAAGGUUAGCAAAAGAAAAGGUGAACCAUCCUAGCUGUGUCUGAAGCUAACACAGUCCAAAAAGUAGAUCUAUUUUUAUGUCCAGAGUAAGAAUUGAGAUAAUCCUCCUGAGAGGUGCUGAAACAGACGACUAUCCACCAAUGUUAUUAAUCCCAACGCCAUUGCAGCAUGAAACUACAACAGCUAAACCAAAACAUCAGACUUUUAUGCUAAGCUACACUAACCAGCUGCUAGCUGUGGCCUCAUAUAAGUGUAAAAAUGUGAAAAAAAAGCUCUCAGUAGGAAAGUGGAUUAGCAUGCUUCCUAUAAUGUUGAACAUCAUCUACAUUUAUUCUUGUUUUUCUGCUUCGCUUCACAGCAUGUCCCUGAACAACCUGUGUCACAGCAGUGUGUGAAAUUACCACAAAAUUACGUAUAUUUGAAUAAGAGGACAAUUUUUCACAUCGAUUGGCAAAAAUGUAAAACUACUCUGAUCCAAGAGGGAAAAUAAUGGGUGUCUGCAACAAAAAAAAGCCUUUAUGAAGUCAGCAGGCUAAAUAUUAAAAAGAAAGAAAAAGACCUCUGGGUUUGCAAAGCUCAAAGUUUUAGUGAGUUUUUUUGCUGGUUAAGAAAGAAAAUUAAUUCUGAUUCCACUUUAUGGCCUACAAAAACAAAUUAGACCAUCAGCAUUAACAUUGAUUAUUUCUAAUAGUUAUUUUUAAUGACAGAAAACUUUUGCUGAGGGGGGAAGGUGUCAGACAAAGUGUUUAACUACAUAGGGUUGGGGUUUUUCAUUUUCCCAAGAUUCCUAAUGAGGGAAACAUUUGACUGACUACUCAAAUUAAUGUACACAAAUCUAUAGGUUCUGAUUUUGUGUACAUUCUACGAAAUGCCCUGAGAUCAGGUUUUGAUAUUUGAGCAUUUUAAAACAAGACCUCCGCAGAGCUUCUCUUUGAAAUGGAAA